AUGUUAGCCCCCGUCGCAACUUGUCACAGCAAACGGCCGCACCUAUUCCACGCUAGAUCAGACGACGCCUCGCACUACUAUCACUAUCCAGUACGAUAUCAGCCGUGCCAGGAUGCCAGCUUUGCGCUCAUCAAACUUGCUUUUUGCUACACUGGCUGGCACACUAGGCAAACGACAGCCAUCAAUUAUAUCCGAAUCGCGCUCCGCCGCGUGGCGUGUACGCUACAUCUCCAUCGCCGUGCGCCGGACGUUUCUUUUGAUGCUGCUGUGCCUCUUUUUCCCCUCGCCAAUUUUCCACUCGGCUUGGUCAAAAUGGAAACCCGGUCUCGAUCCAUGAUCCACCGCUUUUCCGCUUUCCGGGCUCCCUCCGACCAGUCUCAGACAUUGGACCAGCUGUGUGCAUGGCACCAUAUUAGCCUCUCCAACACCCGGUCGAUUCCUGCAAGGGAGACCUUCAGCCGUUGCAUCACGCCCCGUCCAGCAGCGCCGCCCAGCUCUUUACAAACAGGCUCGGAGUUUAUCGAAGCACGCCCGCCACUGCCCAACAACACCGGCGGUGACGUCGCCGGCCGCAACAAGGUGUGCAGGAUCGGCUUGCUGGGGGAUUGCUUCUAUCAGUCGUCGGUGCAUGUGGUUGAGAUGGUGUCCACGAUGGGCCGCCCCGUCCGCUCAUUGCCCCUCGUCCCUCGCCGCCUCUACCCCCAUCUUCUAUAUAGAACUACGCCAUCCUCUCCUCUCCGGGAAGCUCAUUCUGGUUGUCUCUUUUGGCUGGCCAGGUCGUUCAUCUAUUUUUUCCACUGCAAGUUUGGUCAAUUCACGUCAUCCUUCAAAGUUGCAACGUCAUUCAUUAUGGGAGAGAUUCACAUCGCCGACAAGAACCUCACCAUCAUCCUGGCCUCGGUGAUUCCCGGCGUCGCGGCCCUCCUACUGUGUGCCGUUCUAUUCUACCAGGUGCAAAGACGCAGAGCACGUCUUUUUCGCAGAGGCAUCACUCCAAUCGGCGAGGAGGAGAUUCAGUCGUGGAAAGUCGACAAAGACGAUGAACAGUCCGAGGUUCUUGAGCAAGGACCAUCACAUCACCGCGGCCUCUCGGCUUCCUCAAACAAAGCCGCGAGCAUCAUUGUAUAUCCCAAUGCCGCGCCGUCUCGAAUUUCCGAAGACCAGCAAUCGAGCCCCAACUCGCCGGCCUACCGCAUCAGUCCCGAUGCUCCCACGACGCCAGUGAUGGCCCGCGCCCCCAAUGCCCGGCCUGGCCUGACCGACGAUGCUAUUCGAGGGGACGACGCCUUUAUUCUCCAGCCCAAGCGACAAACACGUGUCGGCAAGCUCCCGCCGGUGUCUACCGCAAGCCGCCACCACCGGGCAUGGAGCACACGGUCGCUAUCUCGCCGGCCCUCGCAUGACUACUGGUACGGCGCCGAGCAGGAAGGCACGCCGCCACGCCACUCUACAGAGACCUUCACUCGCCACCGAAGCCGAUCGAUGCACCAGGCCUCAAACAAUAGCACCGCUUAUUCGACCCCUGCCAAGCCGCCCAGGGCAUCAUUUGACGAUGAAAUGUUGCUGGGUGGAUUGUCACCACGACCGCCAAUCCACAAGUCUGAGAUUGGUCGCGCCAUUGGCUGA